AUGCCCCGCGUGCUCCAUCUCGGUCAGGCUGUAGGCAAGCCUGGGGAAGUAUACUACCUUCUACAGCUCAAGGAGGUUGAGAUACCUGUCCCCGGAGACAAUGAGGUCGUCGUCCGACUCAAGGCGGCUGCGCUGAACCACCGCGCCUUAAUUGCUGGGCUUGGGAGAGGGGUUAAUGACCGCUCUCUCCUUGGGCGAAACGUCCUCUUAACACCUAUGCGAGGCUGGAUAUCAGACCCAGCUAGUCCAGAGGACCCUAAAAAGUGGUCUAUCACUGGAUCAACCCGUCUCCACAAUGUGGGCACAGCGCAAGACUACGUUUGCGUUCACCAGGACGAGGUUGUACAGGCCCCGAAGCAUCUGUCUGCCGUGGAGGGUGCCGCUCUCCCACUGGUUGGACUCACAGCCUGGCGGGCAUUGAGUACCACAGCUGCUGUUCAACCAGGACAGAACGUCUUAAUCACAGGCAUCGGAGAUGGCGUUGCUAUUACAGCUUUACAGUUCGGCGCGGCUAUGGGCCUCAAUGUCUUUGUUACCUCUGGUAGUCAGGAAAAGCUUGACAGAGCCAGGAGUUUGGGAGCCCAAGGCGGUGCAAUAUACAAAGAGGAAAAAUGGGAAGCCGAUAUUUGCCAGCAACUUCCAUCAUCGAGGCCGUAUAUUGAUGCUGUUAUCGAUGGAGCAGGGGGUAAUAUCGUCAGCAAAGCUGUAAAGCUUCUCAAGCCUGGUGGUGUCAUUGUCCAAUAUGGCAUGACCGUCGCCCCAAAGAUGAACUGGACUAUGCCGGCCGUUCUUCUGAACGCAGAGUUAAAGGGAACCACGAUGGGCUCCAGGCAAGAGUUUCGGGACAUGGUCGCCUUCGUCGACCCCAAGGGAAUUAGACUAGUGAUCAGCAGAACAGUCUAA